AUGGAACCAGUGAACGACUGGGGCAACUCUCCCCUGUUGACCGUGGACCCAGAGAUCCACGAUCUCAUCGAGAAGGAGAAACGCCGCCAAUGCCGAGGGAUCGAGCUCAUUGCCUCCGAAAACUUCACCUCCUUCGCUGUCAUAGAGGCUCUGGGCAGUGCCUUAACCAACAAGUACUCUGAGGGCAUGCCCGGCAAUCGCUACUAUGGCGGCAACGAGUUCAUCGACGAGAUCGAGAACCUCUGCCGCUCACGAGCCCUCCAGGCCUUCCACCUCGACGCCGCCAAAUGGGGCGUCAACGUGCAGCCAUACUCCGGUUCUCCGGCCAACUUCGCCGCCUACACGGCGGUGCUCCAACCCCAUGACCGCAUCAUGGGAUUGGACCUUCCCUCCGGCGGCCACCUCACCCAUGGCUACUACACUUCUGGCGGGAAGAAGAUCUCCGCAACCUCGAUUUACUUUGAGAGUCUGCCUUACAAGGUCAAUUCCACAACUGGGUUCAUUGAUUAUGACAAGUUGGAGGAGAAGGCCUUGGAUUUCAGGCCCAGGUUGAUCAUUUGCGGUGGGAGUGCGUACCCGAGAGACUGGGAUUAUGCAAGGUUUCGAUCUGUUGCGGAUAAGUGUGGUGCGCUUUUGCUCUGUGACAUGGCUCACAUUAGUGGCCUUGUUGCUGCUCAGGAAGCUGCAAAUCCCUUUGAGUACUGUGACAUUGUCACAACCACAACCCACAAGAGCUUGAGGGGUCCUAGGGCUGGUAUGAUCUUCUACAGGAAGGGACCUAAACCACCCAAGAAGGGCCAACCCGAGGAUGCAGUCUACGACUUUGAAGACAAGAUCAACUUUGCUGUUUUCCCCUCCCUACAGGGUGGUCCUCAUAAUCACCAGAUUGGUGCCCUAGCUGUUGCUCUUAAGCAGGCCAUGUCACCAGGGUUCAAGGCCUAUGCUAAACAAGUCAAGGCCAAUGCUGUUGCCCUUGGAAACUACCUGAUAAGCAAGGAUUACAACCUUGUCACAGGAGGAACAGAGAACCACCUUGUUCUGUGGGAUCUCAGGCCUCUUGGGUUGACUGGCAAUAAGGUUGAGAAGCUUUGUGACCUAUGCAACAUUACCGUGAACAAGAAUGCUGUUUUUGGUGACAGCAGUGCCUUGUCUCCUGGAGGAGUAAGAAUUGGUGCUCCGGCCAUGACUUCAAGAGGUUUGGUUGAGAAGGACUUCGAGAAGAUCGGGGAGUUCCUUCACAGGGCUGUAAGUCUCACCUUGAAAAUCCAGAAGGAGCAUGGGAAACUACUGAAGGACUUCAACAAGGGUUUGGUGAACAACGAGGACAUUGAAGAACUCAAGGCUGAUGUUGAAAAGUUCUCAGCCUCAUUUGAGAUGCCCGGUUUUGUCAUGUCCCAAAUGAAGUACAAGGAUUAG